CCAGACAUGGAGAAGUAUGAGCGGGUUCUGCGUUUGGGCCGCGGAGGAGCCGCGGAGGUUUUCCUGAUGAGACACACGGAGCGGAAAAGCCUGUGCGCAGUGAAGAGGAUCAAAGUGGAAAACACGGGAGCAGCGGGAAGGGCGCACAGGUCGAUCCUCCAAGAGGCCGAGAUCAUCCGCAGGCUGCAGCACCCACACGUUGUUAAAUGCAGCGACGCCUUUGUAAACGACGGUUUCCUGUUCAUAGUGAUGGAUUACUGCGACGGAGGGACACUGGAUGACAGAGUCAAAGAGAGGAAACCCCGGCAGUUUUUCACCGAGGACACUGUCAUGAGGUGGUUCGUGCAGGUGACUGUGGCUGUGGAUUAUAUUCAUACUGCCAAAAUCCUCCACAGAGACAUCAAAACCUCUAAUGUGCUGCUGACAAAGCGAGGCGUGGUGAAGUUAGGGGACUUUGGCAUAUCCAAAGUAAUGAGUAACACUGCUGACAUGGCGUCCACAUGUGUUGGGACGCCCAGCUAUCUCAGCCCUGAGCUGUGCCAGGAUGUCCCAUACAGCUGUAAGUCUGACAUCUGGGCUCUGGGCUGCCUCCUCUACGAGCUCUGCAGCCUCAGGCCUCCCUUUGCAGCCUCCAAUCUCUUAAGUUUGUUCUUUAAGAUCACCAAGGGAGAGUUUGAACCUGUGGAGAACAUCUACUCAGAGAGCACGUCCUCGCUGAUCCAGAGGAUGCUCUGCCUCCGUCCAGAAAAUAGACCGAGCGCUUCCUGUUUGCUCAGCUGUUCUUUUUUGCAAGUCCAUCUACAGGACAUCCUAGAAAAAGACACAGAUUCCACUCCUGUGACUGAUUCUGACAUAGAAGAAAAUAAGACAGACAUUGAUAAAACCCUGGAGCCUGAUGUUGACCGUCAGCUGGAGGACAGUUCCAGCAGCACAGAGUCUGAGACUGCCGUAAACACUGACGAACUGAACCACUGGCGUUAUCCUGAGGACUUUGAUGACGACGGAAGGUCGUCUCCUCACAGUGAACUCUCAGGGUCAACGACGAGGAGCAACUCCGCUGAGUCUUUAGAGGCUCCGAACAUCUCCGUGCAGGAGGAUUAUCCAGACGAUUUUGAGGAAGAUGAGGAACGAGAGGAUCCUGAAGACGAGGCAGACCGGAUCGCCGCUGCUGCUCCUCCGCAGCCACACGACGACGCUCUGGUGGAGGAGUUCCAGCUCUGCGACGCCGGAGGAUUGACCGUCACACUCAAAGCUUUGAAGGAAAAAGGCUGA